AAUAGCACCGGUUAGCGCUUCUGAGCAGCUGUGUUUGGGCCGCUAGAGGGGGCGGUUGGUCCUCAUUUUCUGAGGAGGCUGAAGAGGAGCGGCACACCUUGAUCGUCCCAGCCUGGUCCUGGUCUUUGGAGAGCGAUGCCGCUUCCCGACACCUUAUUCUGCGCGCAGCAGAUCCACAUCCCACCGGAACUGCCGGACAUCCUGAAGCAGUUCACCAAGGCGGCGAUCCGCACCCAGCCCGCCGACGUGCUGCAGUGGGCCGCGGGGUAUUUCUCAGCUUUGUCAAGAGGAGAUCCACUUCCUGUAAAGGACAGAAUUGAAAUGCCCGUGGCCACUCAGAAAACAGAUACUGGCCUGACUCAAGGAAUGCUCAAAGUGCUGCACAAGCAGUGUAGCCACAAGCAAUACGUGGACUUAGCCGACCUUGAAAAGAAAUGGAGAAGUUUGUGCCUGCCAAUGGAAAAGUUCAGAGCUCUCUUAGAAUUGGAUCCUUGUGAACGCAAAAUCGAGUGGAUCAAGUUUUUAGCACUUGGAUGUAGCAUGCUUGGUGGGUCCCUGAACACUGCGAUGAAGAACCUGUGCGAGAUCCUGACCCAGGACCCGGAGGGGGGGCCUGCACGCAUCCCCUUCAAGACUUUCUCCUACGUCUACCGCUACCUGUCCCACCUGGACUCGGACAUGCCCGUUUCGGAAACGGAAGCCUAUCUCGCCUCGCUGAAGGACAACAUAGACAGUAGAAGGAAUGGCAUGAUAGGACUUAUGGAUUUCUUCGUCCUAACGAGGAAAAUGUAAAAAAUCUCAAAUAGAAAACUCAGAAGACAUGCCAUUAAUACAGAGAAAAACACAUUUUAAUGUCAAAAGAGUGUGUUUUAAAACCUUGCCACCAAUUACAACUUGUCAUUAACCACA